AUGUCGCCAUCUUCGGCAAGUGCAGCCAGAACUCCGACCACGCCGAAGCGCGAGAAGGGCGGGCCCGUUGGCCAGUCUGUAAUGCACUUGUCAACUCUUCGCCGUGCUCCGAAGUAUUCCUUCCGUGGGGCGCGGGACAGGUUCAAGACCCGCAGCCUUCGGGCCUCAGUGCAAGUGCCCGGGCCUGGCAAAUAUGGAGGCGCUGACACGCCGCCCGAGGCAUACUCCUCUCGCCAUCGACGAAGUCCUGGAUAUGGCUUUGGAACUGGUCCGAGAGAGGCAAACAGCCAGCUGGUUGUACCUGGGCCAGGGGCAUAUCCGCGAGCCUCAAGCAGCUACAUUGGCUCUGGCAAAGCCUAUUCCCUCACUCCGCGACGGUGGCCUGGAUCACCCGAUCUUGAGAAUGACCCAGCUAUGCCCGGCCCUGGUGCGCACGUCCAGGAGGCGAAACCUGACGGGCCGCGGUACAGCAUUCUGCCUCGCAGGGCCGCGAAGGCCGGAGGUGUUCUGGUUCCUGGGCCGGCCCAGUACGGCAGCAUGGAAGGAGCCCUUGGCCGGACCAAGCCUCGCCUGCCGAGCUGGGGCUUUGGCACGGCGAAGCGUCAGGACCAAGGGCAACAGAUGGAGGACCGACCCGUCAAUGGCAUCAAAGGGAAGAGUACAUCUGCAGCUUGGAUGUCGAAACUGCCCGGACCUGGUUCGUACAAUGCUCCCAGCUCCCUUGGUGAGGGGCCAAAGUGUUCUCAGUGGGAGCCCGCAGAGCGGCGGCGCGGCAAGCGACUUCACCGGGACCAGGCAUGUGGCUCCGCGCGCCCAACCGACCGAGACCCAAGUGCCAGCUCGGCAGCUGGGCAGCUGCUGGUGGAAGAUGUCGACCGUGGCGUGAGCGGAUGUGAGCGGUGUGACAGCAGUGAGAUCAAUGUAUCACAGCAAGUUGAAAGGAUGGACAACAUUCUGCUGCUCUCAGACAGCUACAAGGUCAGCCACUGGCGUCAGUACCCGCCAGGGACGCAGUACGUCUACAGCUACUUCGAAAGCCGCGGCUGCGAUCGAGAGGGCUGGGAUGAAGUUUGCUUUUUCGGCCUGCAGUACUUCUUGAAGCGCUACCUGAGUGGGAAGGUGGUUACCCGAGAGAAGAUUGAUGCAGCGACAAAGAUCUAUUCGCAGCACUUCGGUGAUGGAACAAGUGAGAAUCCAGAGCUAUUUUACAAGGAGGGCUGGGAAUACAUUCUCGAGAAGCAUGGUGGCAAGCUGCCGGUCAAGAUCAAGGCGCUCCCAGAGGGCACUGUGGUUCCGACCAAGACCGUGCUCAUCACAGUGGUUAACACAGACCCCGCCUGCUACUGGCUUACAAACUUCCUGGAGACGCUACUGGUGCAGGUCUGGUAUCCCAUGACCGUUGCAACCAACAGCCGCUACCAGAAGUUGUCCAUCCAGCAGUACUUGGAGGAGACCGGCUGUGAAGACUGGGCCCCUCCUGGAGGUUCCUCGUUCAAGCUGCACGACUUCGGCUUCCGAGGAGUCUCAUCAGUGGAGUCAGCCGCCUUGGGUGGCAUGGGCCAUCUGAUCAACUUUAUGGGAUCUGACACCGUGAUUGCUCUCUCUGCUGCGCAAGAGUACUACGGUGCCAAGAAGGCCAUUGGAUACUCGAUUCCAGCAUCGGAGCACUCCACGAUCACGUCCUGGGGCGUUGAGGGCGAGCUCGAUGCCAUGCGAAACAUGCUGGACCAGUAUCCAACAGGCCUCGUCGCCUGCGUGAGCGACUCCUUCGACGUAUUCAAAGCUUGCAGGGAAUACUGGGGCGGUGAACUCAAAGAGAAGAUCAAAGGUCGCAUCAGCGAGAGCAGUUUUGGCCAGCUCGUUGUUCGACCCGACAGCGGAGAUCCGGAAGAGACCUGCGUUGCCAUCAUGAAGAUCCUGCUUGAGUGCUUCGCGGAGGAUGUCACCGAGACCAAGACUGGGCACAAGCUGCUCCCGCCAUGCAUCCGCGUGAUUCAGGGUGACGGUGUUGAUUACGAGUCCAUUCCGAAGAUUUUGAAGCGCUUCAAGGAAGAGGGCAUCGCUGCCGCAAACAUCACGUUCGGAAGUGGCGGCGCCUUGUUGCAGAAGGUCAAUCGCGACACGUUCAAGGUCGCGUUCAAGUGCGCGGAAAUCGUGCUUGAGAACGGCGAGGCCAGGGACGUCUUCAAGGAUCCGCUCACUGACGACGGCAAGGCUUCCAAAAAAGGCCGACUAACUCUGCAGAAGGCGUCGGACAUUGUCAGCUACUCCCCGGAAGAUGUGUACAAGCCGCGACAAGGGCCGGACGGUGUGAAAGGUGGCACUGGGUACCUGCACUUCACCCCAGAUGGCAAAUACGUCACCGUGGCAAGCGGCAGGGGUGAUCCAGAGAAAGACCUUCUGGUGGAUGUCUUCGCAGACGGCGAGGUUCUGAAGGAUUACAAGAUCGGUGACAUUAGAAAGCGCGCCGACGUUCCAAAUGGUCCCUUCAUCAAUUUGCCGGAGGAGCAGAGCCAUUUCCUAACAUGCGGGUUAGGUUUAUGA